AUGGACGAAUCAGAACCAACUACGGGAGAAAGACAUCCCGAUUUCUACAAAGAAUGGGAGCGUCUUCCACUUCUGAAUCACUAUGAGCAAGAGAGAAUCCGUGGGUUGAACCCUUUGCUCAUCGAUGAAUUCUUCUGUAGAGUGCCCAGAGAGCUUAGCUAUCCAAUCCGCUUCUUCUUCGCCAAAGCUAGAAAGUAUUUUGUCCGCUACUACACUGACAUGAAGGUUCUCUAUAAAAAAUACAAGUUCCCAACCAUGAAGCGUCGCAUAUUCUUCGGAAUGGCAAAAGAGUGUCAUACAGUGUUACUGGCGAACGAUUGGACUGGUGCAUUGGAAAUUUAUCAGAAAUUGUUGGCGUACGACUCAGAAAUGUUCCAAAGGGAUCCGAACAUGUAUUUCGGAUUAGGUCUCGUAUACCUUCAUUUCAAACAGUGGCGACCAGCUAUCGAGGCGUUUUCAAGAGUUCUCUACUGCAGUCCCACAGGAAGAAUCGCGUUGGAGUCAAAACUUCGCCUUGGAAUGUGCUACAUGGAAAUUGAAGACUAUCACAGAUGUCUCAAUCUCUUCGACCACGCACUCAAUGACUUGGAGGAGUCAAAGUUUAUGCCAAGAAUUGUGAUCAAGUUCAAUAUUGCAUUGUGUCAUGAGAACAACGAACAGUUGGAGACUGCUGAAGCUGAAUACCGAAAGUUGCAAUCAGAUGUAGAUGACAUUUUCGAGAAGAGCCACGAUCAGCAUAUUGAACCGGAAACAACUGACUUGUUACUUCGGUUGCGAGCCGCUUGUCUCCGACAAUUGGGAUGGAUCAACUACCGUCGAACUUAUAGAGACGAAGCAAAUCGCCCAGAGUACAUGAAGAAAGCUCUUGACUUCCUCAACCAAUCCAACCAGAUGGAUCCUCGUGAUGGCCAAACAUACUACUACCUUGGACGUGUCUAUGGAGAACAGGAGCUGGGUCCAGGCUUGGCACACGCUGCAUUCGUAAAUUACCGUCAAUCUAUCGACAAAUGUGAGAAGAAUGCUGACACGUGGUGCUCUAUCGGAGCUCUUUAUUUGAGAAAGAGCCAACCAAUGGAUGCGCUUCAGGCCUUCAUCAGCUCAGUGGAGUUAAAUCCAAAUCUAACGGCAGCAUGGACAGACCUCGGAGAGUUAUACGAGCGCAACACUCAAUAUCAAGAUGCACUGGAUUGUUUUAGAAAGGCAUUGGAAAGUGAUCCAGUAUCGCCUGAAUGUAUCAAAACGCGUGUCAACUGCCUUGAAAAGGUUGACUCGUUGACAUGCCCACCACGCCCACCAGGUCAUGUGAUCCCGGGAACUUUCGACCUGACCAUUCCAUCACUGAAAGAUUCAUAUGUGCAACCAAUACCGCUGGAGUUGCGUACACGACAAGAUGCACAAUAUGCAGAAGGAGAGGUCAUGUACGACAACGCUUUCUGGGAUCUGUGGGAGGACUUGAAAACCGUCGAGUUUGAGGUUUCAGAACAAAUCAUGAAUAGCCAACUCGAAGCUCGUCCAAUGGAAGAACUUGAAAUCGACGUCUUACAAUUGCUAAGAGCUAAUGAAGAGUCAUUGGUGAAAGCAGAACGAGAGGUGCUCGAAUGUUUGGAAACGACAGAGGUGCUAUGGAAGGUAAGAGAGAAUUUGCAUGAGGCACGUGACAGACUAGUAGGAGCGUUUUCUAAACAUACACAAAUGAGACACAAUUAUUUCUUUCAGGAAAAAGUGAUCGAGGCUGUGGUUCCAGAAGUGUGUCGAGAGAUGCCACGUGUCACUGUGGAAAUGAUUGAUCACCUUCGCGAUCAUGGACACCUUAUCGAGAAUCCAAGAUGUUACCCAUACCCAUUCCUUCCAAAGGUUGUGUUCAACGAGUUGCCAGACAGCUACAGUCUCCUUUCGGAAAUCUUCGUCUCUUUGGAUGUGCCUGGCUCAGAAAUCAAGCAAAUGAUUGCCAAGCGAGCCUUCCACAAUAACACCACCUACGUUCCGAUCUUUGACGAGUUUGCCAAACUGCCAGAGCUACCCAAAGGUCCAGCAAAGCCGAUUGCAACCGAUGAAGAUGUGAAAACCGCCUUGGAGAAGAACGAGCGUCACCCGUUCAUGAUGAAGACACCGAUUCUGACAGUGGAAAAUCGUAAGGAGGCUAGUAGCAUGGAACUUCAACGCUACUUGGACAACUCCACAGUUGCUUGCGUUCGUGGAUUAACUGGUUGUCUCCGUCUAGACCUCUCCAUGUUCUCCACCAGAGCAGUAAUGGAGAUUGAUCCAAACCAAGAGAUCGAAGUUCGCACUCAAUACCAUUUUGCGCCAGAAACCAACUGCAACCAUGCCAGACAAGAAACAUGGAAGUGUAUCAGCGACAAGUCCUACACAACUCUCGCCAGAUACGGACAGUACCAGGCAGAGUCGUUCCGACACACUCUUCGAGUGGAAGCUGAGAAAAUCCGCAGACACGGUGGCAACGGUGGACGUGGACCAUCCCCAAAAAGAAUGAAGCUCAAUAGACGGGCACCAUCUCCACCAAAGGAAUUGAAGAAAAUCAAGUUUGGAACUAAUAUUGAUCUCUCCGAUGAAGUGAAGUACGGGAAGCAUUUCAGUGAACUCUCCAAGCUUCCUGCAUUCUGCCGUCUCAUUGCUGGAUCCAACCUCCUCUCUCAUCUCGGUCAUCAGAUCCAUGGCGUCAACACUGUCCAACUGAACAUGGGAGUUCCUGGAGCUCGUAUCUCGGCUCGCCAAACACCAAAUCACGUUGCAUUGGUCAAUAUCAACAUAGGACCAGGCGACUGUGAAUGGUUCGCGGUUCCCUAUAACUAUUGGGGCAAAAUGGAACGCUUGUGUGAGGAUCGAGGAAUCGACUUCACACAAGGAAUCUACUGGCCAAUCAUGGAGGACUUACUCAAAGAAGGUGUUCCAGUGCAUCGGUUCACUCAAAAGUCUGGAGAUGUUGUUUAUGUGACUGGAGGAACGAUUUACUGGAUGCAAACCACUGGAUGGAGUAACAAUAUCUCGUGGUGUGUCGCACCAUUGAAUGCCACGCAGAUUAGAACCUCACUUCUAAGCUACGAGUGGAACAAGCUUCGUCGCGUGAAGUCCUCCAUUCCGAUGCAAUUGCUCUGCUGGCAAGUGGCGAAGAAUGUGAAGUUCACCAACCAAUCCACCUUUGCGGCUUGCAAAGGAGUGUUAAUCAGAUCAAUGGCCUUCCUUCAAAUCGUCCACGACUACCUUACCUUGAACAAGAAAACUAUCAAAGUCUAUCCAAGAGGGCCGGCCGAAGCGUCCCAUUUCUGCAGAUACUGUGAAUGUGAAGUCUUUGGUAUUUUGUUGGUCAAGGAAAUCUCGAACAACUUCAUUGUUUUCUGUGUCUACUGCGCCAAAUCACAAGGACUCGAGGACUUCAUCGCUCUCCAACAAUACACAUUUGACGAUCUUCUCGCCAUCUACGAUAACUUGAAAUACGUGCCAGCCAGU